CGCGAGACGCUCGAAUCGUUUCACGGUCUGAAUGAAUCUCAGUGGAGCAUCGCGAAGAAAUCCGUCAGUUCGGUUCAAUCAGUCACUUAUGUCCCGUUUAAACGGAAUCGUUUCUAACACCGUAAUCUCGUCGGUUCUUCUUGUUUGGCUCUUUCAGAAGGAUGUGACUGUAUGGAGGAAACCUUCGCAGGAGUUCGGCGGAUUUCUAUAUAAAGCUGAAGGAACCGUAGCAGAGAAUCCGGAGCGGAUCAUGGACUUCAUCCGUCCCGGAGCCCGCAGACUGGAAUGGGACAGUAUGAUCACUUCACUGGAGAUCCUGCAAACACUAGACCAGGGCUGUUGUGUGGUGAAAUACACCACCGCAGGGCAGCUGUGGAACAUCAUCUCUCCUCGAGAGUUCGUGGAUUUCUCCUGCACCAGCGAAUAUCAGCGCGGCCUGCUGUCCUGCGGUGUGAGCGUGGAUCAUGAGGAGCAGAGAGCAGGGCUGGUUCGAGGAUUCAAUCACCCAUGUGGCUGGUUCUGUGUGCCGGCGCAGGACUCGGAGCUCAGUGUACUGACCGGAUACAUCCAGACGGAUCUGAGGGGAAUGCUGCCGCAGGCGGCGGUGGACACAGCUAUGGCCAGCGGUCUGGUCAACUUCUUCACUGAUCUGAGAAGAGCUCUGAAGAUCUGAUAAACUCUAACGAGCCUCACCUUUACUGCUCCUCACAUACAUGUGAUUUUGUAAAUAAUCAUCACCAUAGCACAUUAAUUUAUUAUUGCAUGUUUUGUUUGUUUUUGGUUUAAUGUGAUUAAAACCAGUGUAAUUGUUUUUCAUAACAUUAUGUAAAAUUGUAAACAUUGAUAUUGUUUUUUCGUGUUUUUUAAUCUUAUAAAUUUCUCUUAUUCGUUAUCA